AUGCCGGCGAUCGGCGCACACCCCGCGUUUUACGACCCUGACGCACCGUCCCACCCACCACCUGCAACGCUUGAUUACGCUCAGUUCAUGAUGCAGCAGCAACAACAUCACCAACAACAUCAACAGCAAGCUCAUGCACAUGCACAACUUGGAUAUGGACAGGGAGAAUAUGCUUUGGACCCUACUAGUGCGGGUGGAGGGUAUGGGUAUGAAGGUAUAGAUGGGAUGGGCGUUGAUGUGGGUUUUGGCGCUUUUGCGGCGCACGCACAUGCUCCUCCGACGCACCAGCAACAUCAACAACAUCAGGCGUUCGGGCACCAGCAGCAUGCACUUCAUCAACAACAUCCGCAUCAGCAUGAUUUUACGAGCGUCUCGCCUGCGUCGGGGAGUACGCACUCCUUACCAGCGGGAGGGACGACGUCUGCAUUUUAUUAUGAUCAAGGUGCCGCUGCUUCACAGCAGCAACAACAGCAGCAGCAGUAUGCGGCGCAUGGAAUACCAGCGGAGCAUAGCUUCGAUAUGUAUUUCCCUCCUCCGUCUUCUUCGUCUGCUGGAGGAGGGUUUGACUCGUUCCCACCACCGAGUUCGGCGGGUACAGGUACAGGGACGCCGCCUGUACCGCUUUGGACACAGCAAUCUGGUGGUGGGGGUGCGGGUGUUGCGGAGGGUGCUGCUGGGAUGCCGGCGGACAUCUCUCAGAGUCAAGCUCAGCCGCAGGCUCAAGGACAGCGCAUGGAUAGGUGGAAGAAUACUACGAACGUAGAUGGUGCAGGUCAGAAGAGGCCUGCAAAGAGCGGUACGAUGCGUGCGACUCAACCGACGAUACAGACGUCUGUACCUUCCGCUCAACAACAACAAAAAUCAUCAACUCAAGCACAAGGCGGGGCGAAGUCAAAGACAUCUACUACGGGUGCAGGUUCAGGAUCGACGUCAGCUGCGAAACGUAAACCUGCAAAGCGAAUUCGUGCUAGCGUUGCUCAUGAAGGGUCGGAUAGCGAUGUAGAUUCUGACGAUGAGAUUGGUGUGACGCCGACGAGUAAUAACGGGCAUCCGAACCCUGCGCUUUUGAGGAAUUCGUUCCCGGCUUGGUCGAGUGGGAUGGGUGGGGGAUUUGGACCAGGAUCGCUUGGUUCAGGUGGAGGAGGAGGAGGGUUUGGUGGUGUACCUGGGUUGGCUGCGCUUGUUGGUGGUGGAAAUGCGAGGUUAUUGCUGACUUCUACGUUUUCUUCUCUUUUCUUCUGGUACCAACACUACUACUUCUUUUCUCAACUAUGGACGAUACGCGUUGUGUUCGUACCGGAUGGCGCGGUUGCGGCUACUUCGCUUGUCCUGGAUCGACUCGGCUCGGUUCUGACACUACAUCAUCGACGGGCGACAAUCCUCAAAUCUUUACCUGGGCGCUUAUUUUUUCGCUUUUCGGUAAUGGGCGUCUAUCUUCGGAUGAUGUAA